AUGGAGUACCUGAAGCGCGCGUGCGACGACGUGAAGUACGCGGCUGAGACGUACGCGCUCGGCGGGUCGUGCGUCGUGACGGCGAGUUGGACGGUGGAGGGGUUCGUGGAGGGGGCCGCGCGCGGGGUGUUUUUGAUCGCGGAGUGGAUGCGUCGGGCGUUUCACAGCGUCGAGUUGGGGGACGGGCCGGUGUUUUUGGACCCGGGGGACGUGCCGUCGUCGACGUUCGCGUGGUCGCCGGACGCCGCGUGA